AUGAAUACCCAGCAAUAUGAAAGAAAUUAACAUAAUCCUACCGUCAUAAGUCUAAAUACACAUACUUCGCUAGCAUCCAAAAGAAGAAGUGAUAGACCUAGCACUGCUUCAAUUGGUACAACCCAUAAAACUCAAACAAUUCAACUUAAUUCAAAGCCCAAGGAUAAUAAAUUUGAUUUUGUUUGCACAAGUGAAGCCUGCUUUAGAAUUAAGAAGAAGUUGAAUUCAAACGCCUUCGGUAAGAACACCAAAUCUGGGUCUAUCCCUUAGCAAAGUGACAUACCUCAGGGAUCUUUUCAUAAUGGAGAAAGUGAUAUAGGUCAAAUAGUAAACCAAAGAAAGUAGGUAUCUCCAAACAUGAUGCUUAAAAAGACUAAAACUCAAAAGGAGUUGAAACUUGAGAAAAAGAUUAAAGAAUUAUUUGAUAAUGAUCCCAUUGAAAUCAUCAGAUAAGCUAAAGAAUCUCCUCAAAAAAGAAAUUUUAUGACCCUGAGCAAUACGAACACCUCUCUAAAUUUAAGUACGAUUAGCAAAUAAGACAAGAUGAAGCAAGCUCUUGGCAGCUUUAUGUAUAAAAAUAUCUAAAAAGAGGCUAAAAAUGCAAGUGCUGAGUAAAUAAAAAUCCUUUCAGAUUUCAACAUACCGUUGCACAAGUAUAACAAGUUAGCUACUGAUGAUGAGAGAAAUCAUUUUUUGCUUGAAAAUAUGUCAAACUACAUGAAAAAUCUAUUGAAAUCACUAAAUGAUUUGUAGCAUGCCAAGUAAAUGAAUGAUUAUCAAAGAAUUAAUGAGAUUAAUAAAAGAUUUUAAAACGACUAAGGUCUAUAUGCUUGGCUUUAGGUAUGCACUCCUCAUACCAGUUUACACAAGAAACUAAGGAAAGCUUUAAUUGAAAAGUUCCAGAGUGAGGAUAUAGAUCCAUAUAAGAAAGAAAACAAGAUGCCAUUAGGUUUCAUAGGGGAAACAUCAGCUUAGACAUAGCAAGUUUUGAUUGAUAGCACUUUAGCCUUAAGAAGUGGUGCUGCUCUUUAGUCAUACAUUGAGCAUACCUUUGAUGAUUUCGUUACAAGUUGUAAAAAUGAGAUUGAUAUUGAAAGAACCACUAAUCAGAAAAGACUAAGUUUCUGGCAGUAUAAUAAGACUACUGCUGAUACUAUCAAACUCAUUAAUGCUAAGAAUGUGGAUAAACUUAAACCAAUGCACUCCUAAAAUGGCUCAAAAAAGAAGAAAAGACCAUAAACAGCGAGUGCCUAAAACUUGGCAUCAGAAUAGUUACUUGGCGAUUCAGAGAAUUAAGAUUAAAAUAACUAAAAUAAUAAUUAGUCGAAGAGCCAGAGUAGAAACCAGUUUUUAAGUCCUGAACUUAAGAAAUAUCUUCUUAAAAAGUAGAAACAGACCAAACGAAACUAGCUAAAUUGGAACGAUCUCUAUGAAACUAAAUUCGGAGAACAUAAAACAGAAAUGAGAAUUAGACUAGCAGAUUUAUCCUCUACUAAUUCUUGGAAUUAAGUAGUGCUCGGUUCAUUCAUCAAGCUUUUUACGAAAAAACCUAAAGUUUAAGAGCCUAACCUUAUUGAAGAAUAUAAAAAUCUAGAAUAUGAUAAAGUCAAGAGAAUUGUUUCAUCGAUUCCCUCACUUAAUGAAUGCAUUGAUAAAGACUAUUUCCAGCAAAUUAUCGACAAGAUGAACAAGAAGAAGAUAGAUUAAGUGGAAACACAUAUCUCGAAUCAAGUAAUAGUUAACUACGAAAAAGAAAAGGAAAAAUCAAAGGUAGCUAGGUUCAAAUAUCUAAAGAAGAAAGCUGAUACGAAAGGAACUAUCAUUCGCAAGCAUGAUGAUAUGCUUAAUAAAGAGAGAUAAAGUUUGCAGAGAAGAGAUGAAAACAUUAAAAGGCCUCGAAAAUAAUUAUGCCUCACUUAAAACUACUGA